CGUCGCAGUGCCGUGCGCGUGUGCGACGGAUGUUCUGAUUUGCUCCGCGGCACAGGUGCGGUUUUCCAUCCGUUCAAUCUCAAUCACUUGAAUCGCUCGCGGCAACGCGGCAACGCGGUGUGGACCGAUCAGGAACGAUCGCGAGAGCGGCAGGUGAACGCGCUUUUGCGAAACAGAAGAGUGCCGCUCUUUCGGUGGGAGCAGGAUAGCGACAGAGAGAGAGAGAGAGAUAGAGAAGAGAAUGGAAAGGUGAUCGAUUUUCGCGUAGAGCAUCCAACGCUCUGGAGAGCCCUUUCUCACCGCGAUCAAUCGAAAGGCACCCUGGAUCUGGAUCAGUAGAAUCCGCGAAAGCAUGUAAACAUCCGCUCGGACGAUACGACCAGAGACACGGACGGAGCAACGAACGUAGUACUUUCGUCUCUCCCUCGCAAGACCGUGUGUGUUCGCGCGCGUGCUCGACGCCGUAUGUCUGCAGUCAUCGAUUUUCCGGCGAUCGUGUGUGGCCGGUACGACUCGUCGCCGGUAAGAAUUUCCAAGUACGAGAGUAUGAAGAGGUGGAGCUUUCGCGCAGUCAAGAUAACCGCGUAAGAACGACGUACGUUAUCAACGUACGUACGUGCGUACGCGCGCACGUCGCGGUGUGUGGUGCCGCGAGGAAGCCGCGAGAACGAGAGAAAGAGAGAAAGCGCGACGGUGAGAGAAGGAUCGAGCGACGGAAAGAGCAAGAGAGAGUUACUUGAAUACUGACGGCGCGCGUUCAACAUGGCUACCGCCGGCAGCAACGCGACGGCGAGCGCCGGUAACGAGACGAGCGGCACCAGCAACGUACCGCAAUGGAAACGCGACCUGAUACAGCGUCGCCGUCAGCAGAGCAAGGUUCUCGCGAACAACGGCGCGAGCGUCAAGUUGUGCAGCGCGGUGAUAGGAACGUCGUCGAGCGCGACGACGCCCGACGGCGGCGGCGGCGGCGGCGGCGUCGUCGAGCAGAGCGCAGCGACGGAGCAUCACGCGCUUCGUGCGGCGCGCUUAACGGCGACCAACGAGGAUAGCACGGCUGCUGGUAGUGCUGCGUUGCUUUCCUCCCCCUCCUAUUCCACGAGAAGGCCGCCGUCCGGUGGCGCCACCACCGCCGCCGGCGGAGCAACGGUGGCGGCCGUCGACUUUGCGUCGCCACUACCAGUCGCGUACAACAUGCGUCUCGAGGCGGAUUUAUCGCUCUGCUCGGACGCGGAGGAUGUCGUGAACGGCGCGCCGGCUAAAUUCGCGGACAUUUCGUCGGAACGGAAAUUGUCGGAUUACAACAUGGGCGAAGAGAACGAGGACGCGACCUCGAGAACGGCGGACGGCAAGCCGUUGAGAGCGAGGAUGAACGAGAGUAACGAGAGCAACGAGUCGUCGCAGCGCGACGAGAUUCGCGCCGUCUUGACCGGAAGACGCGAUAAGGAGAUGUUCCACGGUGGUAACUUUAGAGUACUGAAAAGUAUGCUGGUCGCCCCACCGAGUCGCGCCUCCAGCGAGGAAGCGGAGAGCGACAGUUCCGAGGAGCUGCAAUACGGACCGGGGAUCGUCAACAAGCUCAAGUGCAAGUACCUUAACCUCACUCUGCGCGAGACGAACAAGAGUCGCGCGUCGGUGCAGCGGUUUCGGCGCGCAGCCAGCCUCGAGGAUUUGUUGGACCGAGACGACGAGGAGUCCACGCGCAGCGUCGAGACCUUGAUGAGGUACAACAGCGUGACGGUCGACGAGGCGACGACUGCACGCCAGGUUCUGGUUACUCGACCGGUGACGAACGGCGUUCGCCAGGAACCGGUCAACGACCACAUCAUUCUCGUCGAUCGCACAUCCGUGAAGAUCGAGAGCCGCCUGUGUGAGCUUGAUCGACCUAAACCAAUCAACAAGCCCAAGAGGAUCAAACCGGUACUGGCGGAAACGGAACGUCCGCCACCGGAUCUAGUCAAGACCACGAUGAGGAUCUUUGAGAGCUCCGCGAGGAAGCUGAAGCCCAAGGGCGAGGUCGCCGCGAAAGUCGCUACCUUCAAGACCAUCAACGACACGUUCAAGGCACAAACGCAGACGCAGAAGAAACUGGCACAGAAACCACCGUUGCAGCCGAAACCCUUCAUCAACGGUGGCGCUCGUUCCAUCGGUUCCCCGAAAAAAAUCGUGCUACCGCACAAGCCGACCGCCGAACUGAUCGAGACGCAGGACCGCAAGGAGGAGUACCACCAUAUAGACGGCGUCAUCACGGAACCAAUCGCGCAAUCGGUAUCCUCGGUAGUGAGCAAGUUUCAGCAGAUCGAAAAGUCACACUCGCCCUCUCCGUCGCCGGAACCCUCGAGCUACAAGCUGAAAUUCUCUCCAGCGAACAGCCCGGAACCGCCACAGACGUCCAAACCGAAGUCCGCUACUCUGGAAAUCACCAUCAAGUCACCGCCAGUCACGCCAGUGCUCUCGCCGAGAAUCUUGUCGCCCAGACUUCCAAGCUCGCCCUCACCAGUCAAGGAUAUCAGACCGGGCGCGCAGAGUCCCUCCUCUCCUAUCAAGGACCUGAUUCGCAUUCAGAUUCCAAGUCCAUUUCACAAACCGCCGCUACCACCGAGCCCCGUCAAAGGAGAACCCUCGAAGACGGAGGCGGAAUCCAAAGUUGUUCGUUCGCAGAUCGAGAAGGAGAUUCCUAGAACGAAUGUCGAAAGUCCCAAGCAGACACGCCUCCCAGAAUCAUCCAUCAAUGUGGAAUGGAAAGAAGACGCGAAAUCGAGCCGCGUUGCGUUCAACGAUGGCGAGAAGAACGUCGACGAGGAGAUUGUUGAUGGUCCGAGAACCAUCUCCAAGAUUGCCUUGGACAACAUCGGCAAGGCAGGAACGAUAAUGCAAUUCAAUUUCGGCGACAAGCCCACGAGCGACAAGAAUUAUUUACCGGGUACGAAGCAGAAUGGUCAAAAAUCGACGGACGAACCGAUGCCAGAGGAAGAUGAUUGCGUAAAGACGGAGUGUAAGAGCAAGGUAGGUGCACCUUCCAACGUCGUGACCUCCAAAGUAUCGUCGAGAUUGCAAGAAAGGCUCGAGCCCGAGGAGGAGAGCGACGACAAGAACAUCGAGGAGAAGCUGAUUGUCCCGGAGAAUAAACCCAUCGGCGCCAUUUGUAGCUUGGGCUUAAUCAAAACCGCGACGACAACGAUGACAUCACCGUCGGCGACGUAUUCGCAGAGCAAUAACGAGGCGAAGACGAUACGAUGCCAGCAGAAAAGCGAGUUCUCGCCGCCACAGAAGCAGAUCGGCAUCAUACGGCCGCUUGUUUCUACGAAGGCACAGCAUCCGCAGCAGAAUCUGAGCAAUCGUGAGCUCGAGAAGAACCUGAUCAAUCGAGUCAAGAGCAUCGAACAGCCCACCAAAGUGGUGGUGAGUCUGAAGAGCGCCGACGAGAUACAACCCGCGAAGAAGACGAGUGCUGGAGGUGGCGGCGGCGGCGAAUUUAACUUCAGUAAUCGAAAGGAUGUGCCGGAUUACAUAGAGAAUGACGGCCUCAUCAUUAGGAGAAAGCGGGAUAAGCCGAAGGUUGGUGAUGGUGGCAUUAUAAUGCUCGAUGCUACUUUAGAUGCCUCUACGACCGACGAUGCUGAGUGGGAAAUCUCUGGGGGUCCACCGUCGCCCUGCGACGUGUCGUUUCUCAACGACAAUGUUCUCAUCAAUGGGCGCAGCAACCUCUCGAGGACGCCACGAAAUCAUAAGCAUCGAAUACAGUUCGACGACACCGCCACACGUACCUUCGAGUACCCCAGCGAAGCGUCGAUCCUCGAAGGCGAGACCAGCAGCGUGGACGGCGAAACUUCUAGUUCCAUAGUUGAGCAACAUUCUACGCCGAGUAACAACAAAAUCUCUUCGACACCCAGCUCGACAACGAACAUGCCAUCUCUUCUCGGUGGAGGUGGACUAGCCAGUUACACUCCUAGCAAAGUGGAUCUGACGUCGGAAGGUUUCGAGCUGGGUAUCACCAGGGCUAUACUGAUGGUUCCGACCCCAGCUGCAAUAACAACGACAACAACAACCGAGCAAGCCGAGAAUGCAAGCGAAAUGGGAUACUUGAGACCGGCUCAGGACGCAGGUGCUUGGGGCUCGGAGACGACCGGCGAUCUUCUUUAUUGAAAAGAAAUGCAGAAUGAUGUUUUAUCAUUCACAAGCUCAACGUCCCUCCGCAGUAAUAGAACGAACGAACGAAACAAGAAUGAAACUUAUAAGGCUAAUAUUAAGUAUUCCUUUUUUUCCUAGCGGCGAGAAGAUCGCAAAAAAAAACUAUACAAAUGCAAAAGAAUCAAUAUAUUAUAAUAAACUUUAAUAAAAAAAAGAUUUACGACAAAUGCUCACAUAAGUAUAUAAAGCGAAUUUUUCAUAGAGAACAGGUUUAGAUGUUCGCGUUCAUGACCGGACGAUAUGUUGGACCACAGAUAAGUUAUCGUCAAGUGCACAUUAAAUUAAGAAAACUUUUUUUAAUUAUAAAAAGAAAUCAAAAGCGCAAUCUCCGCUCAUGAACGCGCUGAGUAUUAAAAGCGAAGUUUAUUUAGAUGAUUAAGUAAAAACUAACAGUAUCAUUCCAAGUAUAUGCAUUUACUUUGUAUUGUUACGCUAUGCAGUCAAAUCAGCGAACUUUUCUUACACAAUGAAUCAUCGAAACUGCCAAGAUACGCUAUAUAGUGCUGGUUUUUUUAUAAUAGCACUUGAAAGAAAGAGCUCAGCGACUGAUACUCUGUUGCUAAAAGAAAAACAAAAUAAAAACAGCAUAUCAUCUUUCUGGCAUACUUUAUAAGAUAGAAAAUAAAUCGACGAGUGAAUCAAGUUUUGUAACCUUUUUGAGAUUACUUUAAUGCUAAGCUGUGAGUGUUCAAGCUGCCAGUAAAAGGCCAGACUUUUAUGCGAGUUUUUUUUAUAGAAAAAAAGGCAAACGGUUGAAUGUCUUUGAGAUUUAAUUGGAGGGGGAAAAUGUUCAGGAAAAAAAAACAACUCGAGUUUAGAUUUGUAAACGUUUUUGCCAAAGUAGAACGUAAGUCUACUUAGUAUAUUUAAUAAUGUAUAUGUACAAUAAGUGUUCCAGUUCGACAAAACUGUAAGAAUUGUAAAUUUCAAAGCACAUCGUCAUUUGUACCGAACGUAUGGCAGAUCAUACUAUGCCUUGCAAAUGCGAAGAUAAGCCAUUACAGCGUGUCUUUUCAUAUUGAGUUUGCAUUUAUUUUUCAAGGAUCAUAAUACAUGAAUAGCUUUUCAGCAUAGAAGUUACAUAGAUGAAAACGGCGGUUUAAUGUUAAUUAUUAAUUUUAAGGAAAUUGAAUUUUGUAAAUACUAAAUUAUUAUGGGUCGAGAAGAGCCAUCCAAGAUAAGUUAAUCGAGUCACGAAAGUUCGAGAAAAGAAAUUACAUUAUUUUAAGAUCAACUUUCUUGUAUUACUUGUCUUUUUUUUUUCUUUUGUGUUAAUUUCUUCUAUCAUCUAUGAAGCACAUCUCGGAUGCGUUACCAUGGAUAAUUGAAAAUAUUGUUUUGAAUCGUGUAGGUGUAGGUAUUUAAUAAUGUAUGAUUGUAACGAUAUGUAGUUAAUAUGAUUUUAUGACUUGGACAGUGGACUGAUUCAAGCAAGAGAACGCGAUAAAAAGAUAAUUUAUUACGAAGGUGCAUUAAAAGUAAACUGCUGCCGCGUUUUGUUAGAAUUUCAAAUAUAUUUACUUUAUUUAGAUGCUGUACCAGUUCACCGAAUAGUUUACGAUGUACCGUUGUU